UAUUUCCAGUGUUUGACUUCUAAUGAUUCUACUGCUAUAUUUUCACAAGGAAGAAGAAUUUAAAUGGCUUUUACAAGAAGAGGUCCAUGCUGUUUUGAAACAGCUGCAGGAUAUUUUGAAGGAGGCUUCUCAGCGGUUUGCGCUGCCCGCCAGCGGCUCGGCAGGAGCCCUCAAGCAGCAGAACUUUGCGUUGAGCACGUCAGGCACAGACCAGGUGAAAGGUGUGUUGACACUGCAGGGAGAUGCCCUGUGUCAAGCUGAUGUUAACCUGAAAAUUCCCAGAAAUAAUCAGCUCCUGCACUUUGCAUUUCGGGAAGACAAGCAGUGGAAGUUGCAGCAGAUCCAGGAUGCUAGAAACCAUGUUAACCAAGCCAUUUACCUGCUUAUGAACAGAGAUGUAAACUACCAGUUCAAAACAGGCUCGGAGGUUCUCAAGCUUAUGGAUGCUGUGAUGUUACAGCUCUCAAGAGCCCGGAAUCGGCUUACCACUCCAGCCACUCUGACUCUACCGGAGAUUGCCUCCAGUGGUCUCACAAAAAUGUUCACCCCUGCUCUGCCUCCAGACAUCCUUGUGAAUUUCUAUAUUAACCUGAACAAGCUGUGCCUGACUGUCUACCAACUCCAUGUGCUGCAGCCCAGCACAACCAAGAACUUCAAGCCUGCUGGAGGGUCCAUUUUACAUAACCCUGGAGCCAUGUUUGAGUUUGGCAACCAGCGAUAUGAAGUCAGCCAUGUCCAUAAAGUGGAAUGUGUUAUACCAUGGUUAAACGAUGCCCUUGUCUUCUUCACAGUUUCACUGCAGCUUUGCCAGCAACUAAAGGACAAGAUCUCUGUUUUCUCCAGUUACUGGAACUACAGGCCAUAUUAAUUCUCUAUGGAGUGUCCAAGCCCUUACAGCACUUCCAGUGUCUCCCUGUUUGUUUUCAACAUGUCAGCUGAGUCCAGGUCAGCUUGAGGAGUGCUGCGCUUUACUACCAGGUGGCCCUCCAUAGGUGAGGGUCAGCGUAUCCAGAGACACAAUUCUAGUAGCCUUGUCUGGGACCACUGUAUAAGCAGGGCAACAAGCAAUGCUGUGUGGUUAGUGAAAGCUUCUGCCUGUCUUUGUUCUCAUAUGUGUUGCGUGGCUUGCGAUUCUUCAAGACUGGUGAAUUACACUAGCCCGUUACAAGGGAUGGGGAGCUGUGGGCUUCUCACACUAACACUAUUUGCACACAGUGCUGUAACUAACUGCUGGACUGUGAUCUGGCUGGGAAGGGAUGAAAGCAUACUGAUUUAACACGCUACAAAAUGUGUAGAGCAUGUUGCUCCAUGUAGUGAAAUAAUGUUGUUAUGAUCUAGUUCAGCUGUGGUUAUGACUAGCACUGAGCUUCUCCCUCUUCUAUCUGUUCUGUCCAUGCCCAUGUUAUUGAUUCCCCUUUGGGGUUAUUCUUAAUUGCUGCUCUUUGAACUCUUCUUUUUCCCUGGCAUCAAUGUGAUAACACUUUUUUUCCUAAGCCAAUUGGACCAACUGUUUUUUUUCAGGUUUAGUAUCUAGUUUUCACUGCCAGCCUUUGGAGCUGCCUCAGUACCUUGAGCACAGCUAUGCAGUCUCACAUCCUGUCAUUAAACCCAAAGUGAGUACCACAUUGUUACUAUUUGCUGCCUACCUAUGGAUGCUACAGUAUGUAACUCAUCCCUCUAGCCAUUGAUAAUUGUAAAAUAAAGAUCCUCAGACCUGCCAUUCUCCUGUGGGCUGUCAGUGCUGAGAAUAAAAGAGUAUCAAA